AUGGACAAACCAGGUGGCCCUUCAACAGAGAGGCUUCCAGUCGGCUUGAGGAAUGCUUGUCCCAUGAUCAAACCUCCAGAUGUCAUUACCACUCGCACUAAAAACGACGUUUCCACAUUUGAGCUCACUGCCAUCGAACUAUACGCCGAAGUCCUUCUCAGUCGCGCACACUUUCUCUUCUUUAACUCCAUCCGCGGUGAUAUCGGGAGCAGAGGGCCCAGCCUCUUCCACGAAGGAAAAGGAGCUCUCGAAGAAGCCGAGACUUUGUGCAUGUCCGGACAAUAUUCAGUGAGCACGGAGUCGGUGGCGAAAUGCUGGUAUGUUAGAGGGUUUCUGGCCGAUGUUACUCGUGACAACGACAACGCUGUUUACUAUUUUAGAAAGGCCAUCGAACUUGACGAAAAGUACAAAAAUCUAAAGCGAGUAAGAUGGCAUCUACAGCGUCAAGAGGAUAUGACGGAACUGGAAGAUAUGUGGGACGAUAUGGGUUCACUUAUGGGAAGUUGGACAAGUUCGAAAGGCCAGACUGAUCUCAGUCUUGAAAAUGAGAUGGCCGCUUCUCGCCUGGUCAGAUCUCAUGAAAGCUUUCGAAACAGCGCUUUAUUUGAAAGGUUGAUGCGUGAUGUGCAAGAAACAUUGAGCAAACCGCGACCUCUGGACGUGUCGAAUAUGUCACCAACUCAAUCAAGCUAUUCGACGCCCCUUGCGACACCCCAGAGCGCAAACUCUGCCCGAGUCGAUUUUGAUGGCUUCAUUGAGAAAUUGAAAAACGACCCUAUCCACAGACACGCCUCUCGUGAAACACACGCAGCAUUCUCUAAGAUUGAAGGAUAUUGUGCCAGAGAUACAGUCUUUCCAUUGCGUGAUCACAGACAGGAACAAGCGAAGGCAGAAGCAGAUGAUCGGCAACGUGCACUAUCGGAGACAAGGGAGUCAGCACUCUCAGCCCCUACCAGGCGUCCUUCACACGAAGAGGCGCUCCUGUCUGAUACGCCCAGUAUAUCCGAGCUGGACACCUGA